AUGCGACCGUCCGCGUCUGAAGCACUCGUUUGCUCCAACUGCCUCACAAUCUUCGCAAGUCGCAGCUUGGAUAUGCGGGUGCCAUGGGCGAAGUUCAGCCUAAACACAUCUGUGCCCGCGUCGAAGAGCUCGUUAAGGGAAUCUACGUCGUUAGUCGAUGGUCCAAGCGUCGACACCUGCUUUGUGAACGUAGGAAAGCUCCCCACGGGUGUCUCAACUGGAGCCAACGCCGGUGUUGCCGCUACCUGUAACGCCUGGGAGAAGAAAGUAGCCAGCAAAACCGUCAUUACUGUAAAUGAUGCAUUUCUAAGACAGGCACGUUUCCCGGCAACAGCAUUCGAGCCACCCUGA